AUGGCGUCCAGGGUGUGCCCAUCCCUUCACCUCCGCCUCGUCGUCGUCGCCGUCCUAGCCGGCACGGUCGCUAGCUUCGCAGGGGCGGCGGCGGUGCCGGCGUUCGACGACAGCUACGAGGCGCAGUAUGGCGCGGAUGGUCAUCAUCUGAUCAACCGGGUCACGGAGGUUAACCUCAUCCUCGAUCGAAGCUCCGGCGCUGGGCUCCGGUCCAAGUCCAUGUACGAGUCGGGGCUCUUCCACAUGAGAAUGAAGAUCCCCUCCGGGAACACGGCCGGAGUCGCCACAACCUUCUACCUUAUUUCGCAGCCGGAAAAUGGUGGCCACGACGAAAUCGACUUCGAGUUCUUGGGCGACAAGGCCGGCAGGCCCGUGACCCUCCAGACCAACCUCAUCAUCGACGGCCAGAGCUACAGGGAGCAGCGGCUGCGCCUGUGGUUCGACCCCGCCGCCGCCUUCCACGACUACAAGAUCCUCUGGAACGCCUACCAGCUCGUGAUGUUCGUGGACGACACGCCGGUGCGGGUGCUCAGGAACCUGACGGCCGCCGUGCCGGGGUACCCGUUCCCGUCGAAGCCGGCGAUGCUGAUCCGCGGGAGCAUUUGGGACGGCUCCAGCUGGGCGACGGACGGCGGCCGGGCCAAGGUGGACUGGUCCGGGGCUCCCAUCACCGCGGCCUUCCGCGGCUUCGACGUCGACGCGGCCUGCGCUGUCGUCGUCGGCGACGUGACGCCGCCGUGCGACGACAACGACACGGCGGCCCUGUGGUGGAACGGUGGCGAGUACGAGGCCCUCUCCGACGCGCAGCGGGCGGCGUACGAGGGCGUCAGGAACAACAGCAUGGUGUACGACUACUGCACGGACGAGCUCCGGUUCAACAGCCGUGGGCCGCUCGAGUGCAGCUACGUUUGA